AUGAACGCUGGUUUCUUUCAUGAUAGAACCACUCCCAACAUCUCUCUCACCACCGAUUACCAUGCCGUUUCAGGCGAUUACAGAACACAGUCGUAUAGAGAAAGCGAUGCAUCCAUGUACAGCACAUACAAUUUGCGUGAAUCGUUAGUAGACCCCAAGAAUGAACGCACUAUUGGCGUAUCUCGAGAAACCUAUAUCGAGCCACAAAUGUCAACGAUGGUUCGUACCCAUGUCACGCCACAAAGCAUUUACGGAUCACAAUACCUCGGCACACCCAACGACUUGGAGUUUUUUAAUGAUGCCAGCAGUGAGUCGUUGCACAGUGAAAUUCGUAAUCUCAGGCCGCCGACACCUGUCACCUCCCGAGUUGUUCAACAACACGCCGACUCGCCUAUCAAAAUGCAGCAUGCCUAUGUCGAGAUCCCUCAACCAUCAACGGCAGUGAUUGAACAAAAUAGCACCAACGCUGCAGUCAAUCGAUCCAGCAAACAACAUCCACAACCAUUAACACCCCUUGUUAUUCCACCUACACCCGCUCAAACAGCAUCCAUCCCAUCACCUUAUCAUGCCAACAGUAGUACCAGCCCUGCAACUCAAUCGCUUACACCUGGCACUACAGGAUCAACUCCUCGCACACCAUCCCCCAAUACGCUAUCUCCACCUCAUCCAUCGCAAUACCCUAUCACAUCACCUACAUCCCCUUGUUUCCCACCACCAUCAGCUCAUCCAGGCUUAUCAGAGAAAUUGCAAAAGAAUAGCCAACCGUCAAAAGGACGACCACAAAGUGAACCAGAAGCAUUCGUUAGCGAAGGUAUUCAAUAUCAUGAGCAAGGUCAACUUGCCAAAGCUACCGAAUGCUUCCGUCAAGCUGCUAUCAAAGACUCGCCUAUUGGUAUGUUCCUUUAUGGUGUGUCUCUACGUCAUGGUUGGGGCUGCAAACGAAAUGAACACACGGCUUUUCAAUAUCUUCAAAAAGCUGCCGAGCAUGCCGUUAUGGAUCUCAAUAGUCUUUCGAGUACCGUGAAUACAUCGGCUGUGAAGGGUGAGCUGAUCAUGGCCAUCUAUGAGCUUGGUGUCUCUUUCAGACAUGGCUGGGGUUGUCGCAAGAACAAAGAAACAGCUGUGUACUUUUUCAAGAUUGCUGCCGACCUUGGUGAUCCCGAUGCACAAAAUGAUUUGGGCCACUGCUAUUAUCACGGCACAGGUGUUAAAAAGGACCACUACAUGGCAGCCAAAUACUAUCGUCUUGCCGAUAAGCAGGGUUGUGGCAUCAUGGGCAACUCUUGGAUCUACAAGCCAAAGUAUGACAAGCCCAAAUCAUAA